UUGGUUUGAAGUUUAAAGCUGCAACGGAAUCACACCUAUAUAGAAAGUGUGUGCGCAGGUUAAGAGCAUGCACACUCUUCCUAGUUUCAAGCAACUUACUUAUUUUUUUUCUUUUUGGUAUUAUAAAGAGAGGAAAUAAUUGAAAAUUUACAAGUUUUAAGCUAUGGGUUUUGUUAAUUUUAUGAUGAUGGAGUAGAGGGGAGGAAUCAAAGUGAUGAUGAGGAUGGUGGGGUUUCAUUGAAAGGUCUUUAUCUUUUGAGAGAGAGAGAGAGAGAAGCUACUCAAAUGUUAUGGUCGGCGUGCUUUGAUGCUGCUAACUGAAGAGGGAAGUGUUUUUUUUUUUUUGGUCAUAUCAAAAGGCCCACAUAAGAAAAGAUCUUUCUUUCCAGUGUUUGUUCCCUUUUCUUUGCAGGUUUUUGUUCCUUGAUUUUGAACUUUGGUUCUGCUGUUGCCUGUUCUUGUUGUUGUUGAGGGUGAGAGAGGGGCUAAAAGGUUCCCUUUUCUGACCAAUCGGGCCUUUUCUUUUUCCCUAGAGUUUCAUCAUAUUCCUUUUUCCCUUUGCUAAAUUGUCCAUCUGUAAAAGAUACAAUACGUGAUUUUGCUUGGGUGGGACUCAGACUCGGUGGAGCAAUGGGAAUGGGAAUGGGAAUUUGUUUCUUCUCUUUUUGGAAGUCCAGGGUCUGUUUUUCUUUAGUUUUUCAAACGAAGAUGUAAAGGUGGGGUCUUUGCGUUGAGCUCUUAUGGUUGGUGUGUAUGGUAAAAGAGUCUAAAAAAGGAAGAAUUGUUUUAGUAAGAUGGGUUCUGUCGUUGAAGAGAAGAUCAAACAAGGAGGUUUGGUUAAUGUAGGUGCACAGUCCACUCUGCUUGAGGAAAUGAAGCUAUUGAAAGAAAUGCAAGAUCAAUCUGGUACCCGUAAGGCUAUAAAUUCCGAGUUAUGGCAUGCCUGUGCUGGUCCACUUGUUUCCUUGCCUCAGGUGGGAAGUCUUGUGUAUUACUUUCCUCAAGGACAUAGCGAACAGGUAGCAGUGUCCACUAAAAGAAUGGCGACUUCUCAAAUUCCCAACUACCCAAAUCUUCCAUCUCAGUUAAUGUGCCAAGUUCAUAACGUUACAUUACAUGCAGACAGAGACACCGACGAAAUAUAUGCCCAAAUGAGUCUUCAACCAGUGAACUCUGAAAAAGAUGUGUUCCCUAUACCAGACUUUGGAUUGAAGCUGAGCAAGCAUCCUAAUGAAUUUUUCUGCAAAACUUUGACUGCAAGUGAUACAAGUACACACGGUGGUUUUUCAGUGCCACGUAGAGCAGCUGAGAAGCUCUUUCCUUCAUUGGAUUAUUCCAUGCAACCUCCAACGCAAGAGCUUGUUGUGAGAGAUUUGCAUGAUAACACCUGGACGUUUCGUCAUAUAUACCGUGGGCAGCCGAAGCGACACCUUCUUACUACGGGGUGGAGUUUGUUUGUAGGAUCAAAAAGACUUAGAGCUGGUGAUUCCGUUCUCUUUAUCAGGGAUGAGAAAUCACAGUUAUUGGUGGGUGUAAGGCGUGCUAAUCGUCAACAAACCACAUUGCCAUCAUCUGUUCUAUCUGCUGAUAGUAUGCACAUUGGUGUCCUUGCUGCCGCCGCUCAUGCUGCUGCCAAUAGAAGUCCAUUCACAAUUUUCUACAAUCCAAGAGCAUGCCCUUCAGAAUUUGUCAUCCCUUUGCCUAGAUACCGUAAAUCUGUAUAUGGGUCUCAAGUCUCAGUCGGUAUGAGGUUUGGAAUGAUGUUUGAAACGGAGGAGUCCGGGAAACGUAGAUAUAUGGGUACAAUAGUUGGUAUUAGCGACUUGGAUCCUCUAAGAUGGCCUGGCUCGAAGUGGCGAAACCUUCAGGUUGAAUGGGAUGAACCUGGAUGUAAUGAUAAACAGAAUAGGGUGAGCGCAUGGGAAAUCGAAACUCCUGAAAGCCUCUUUAUUUUUCCUUCGUUAACUUCAAGUCUAAAGCGACCAUUGUAUCCUGGAUUUUCAGGAGCAGAAUCUGAAUGGGGAAGCUUGAUGAAAAGGCCCCUACUCCAGUUUCCUGAAAAUGGAAACGGGAAUCUUCCCUAUUCAAUGUCGAAUUUAUGUUCUGAACAAUUAAUGAAGAUGAUGUUGAAGCCUCAGCUUGUUAACCAUCCUGGAAUUUUUGCUUCCCCCUUACACCAAAUCGCUGAUGUAAAGGUACCUCCAUUAGAAGAAAUGAAGAACUUGCAGUCUAAAAGCCACACAAAACCCCAGGUUAUCCAAUCAGAAAAUAUGUUGAUAGAGAACCGAAAUCUUUCCCACCCAGUCCCUGACCAACCUGAUCCCAUAACUUCAAAUAUGUCCAAAAUCAAUGCUAAUGGGAACCCACAUCCUGCAAAUAUUCUAACACAAGCUGGGACUGGGAGCAGUAAUGAAAAACUAAAGUUGGAAUCAAAGCAUUCAGCCGAGCAGCUGACUUCGACAUCGGAAUGCAAUGAGGAAAAAUUGGUGGCAAGUACUGUAAACACAACUAUGUCGAACCAACUUUCUUUCCCUACCCAGCCCCAUAUUCCACUCCAAGUGCAAAAUAAUCCCUGGUCGAUUCAGUCACAGUUGGAUUCGUCAGUCCUCCAAGCUCAUCAAAUGCUUGUAUCCCAAGCUGAUAUUAGUACUUUAAACAGCUUUCUUCCUUUCUCAGACACUGAUGAGUGGACGUCAAAUCUUUCUUCUUGCCAACCUCUUUCUGGGGCAUACAAAUCACCUGGUCCGAUACCAAUGGUUGGGUUACAGGACUCUUCAGCUGUCUUUCCAGUUGAAACUGAUGAUUCAUUAACUACGGUGGGUGAGGAAAUAUGGGAUCAAAAGCUGAAUAAUUGCAGAGUUUCAUCCCAAGCAGACCAAUUGGCUUCAUUCACUCAGCAAGAUCCAUGCAGUCUUAAUUCUGGUGGGGUGAGGGAUUUGUCUGAUGACAGCAACAAUCAAAGUGGGAUAUAUAGUAGCUGUCUUAACAUUGAUGUUAGCAAUGGUUGCAGCACCGUGAUUGAUCCUUUUGUUUCCAGUGCCAUUCUAGAUGAGUUUUGCUCAUUGAAAGAUGCUGAUUUUCAAAACCCUUCAGAUUGUUUGGUUGGGAACUUUAGUUCUUGUCAGGAUGUUCAGUCUCAGAUUACCUCUGCUAGCCUUGCAGAUUCUCAAGCUUUCUCUCGACAAGACUUGCCUGACAGCUCCGGUGGCAAUAUCGAUUUUGAUGACAGUGGCCUUCUGCAAAACAAUUCCUGGAAGCAAACAGGUCCACGCGUUAGAACAUAUACAAAGGUUCAGAAGGCAGGAUCUGUAGGAAGGUCGAUUGAUGUCACGAGUUUUAAGAAUUAUGAUGAACUAAUCUCUGCAAUAGAAUGCAUGUUUGGACUCAAGGGUCUGCUGGAUGAUCCCAGAGGUUCAGGCUGGAAAUUGGUGUAUGUGGAUUAUGAGAAUGAUGUUCUUCUCGUUGGAGAUGAUCCUUGGGAGGAAUUUGUUGGGUGUGUUCGUUGCAUCCGAAUUCUAUCCCCUACAGAAGUACAACAGAUGAGUGAAGAAGGAAUGAAGCUUCUCAACAGUGCUGCCACAGUGCAAGGCAUCAAUGGCUCUAACUCAGAAGGUUCCAAUGCAAAUGCUUAAAGAAUCCACCAAGCUGAGUUAUCAUCGUGGUUCGGGAUUUACCCAACAAAGCUCCAUUGUUUAUUUGGAGAUUGAGAACGGUGGUGGAGUUUGGCAUUCAAUUAGUAUCUCUGUAAGCCUUUGUAGAGAUAUGGAAAUGUGAUGUACGGAUAUUAAAUUUACAUUUUUCAGCAGGAAAUGAACUUUCAUCAAAUAGUUGUACUAAUCAGAACCUGAGCUAUGGUGAUGAGUGAUGAGAUAUAAUAUAUAUUUCCAUUAUAUCCUUAA